AUGUCUCACAUGACAAUCAUAUUUCCGCAUCCCGUUCAGCCGGUGAUAAUGGAACUUGAACUGACCAACUGGAAUCCGGGAUGGCCUCUCGCUGAACGUAUGCAGGCCAAUGGCAAGACUCGACGGAAUUCGCUGUGGCCAGGCAAUUAUGACCAAUGGUGUACGGUGCGUUGUAUGUUCCAUUUCCUGUUCAGCUCGAGUCCGAGACAUGCUAUGCUGUUGGACAAGACGCGGUCCUUCCGCUUCUGGCCCCCUCCUCCACAUUUCCCGUACGGAUGGCGGUCGCCGAAUCCUCUUCCGGCGGAGAAGGGGGGGAACGAAUGCGAUGCGAAUUCGAAGGGGCUGCCGAACUGGGCCACUAAUAAUACGUACUUCCAUCGCACAUUGCAAAAGCCAAUCCAGGGCGACGAGGUCCAAGGAUUUGGUUUGGCAACGGGGAUGCCUGACCUGGUAGAUCAUCGCAUCAUCGCAUCUCGCAUCGUGCUCAAGGAAGAGAAAAGGCCCGUCCCAUUAGCUCCCGCAGGACGGACCAUAUGACCAUAUUACAACCGUACGG